ACUCAACUUUACGUAACGUGUACAAAUUUAGUUAUAUAAUAAUUGCUUCAUUUAAUCUGAUAUUAAAAACUUAAAAAAUGUCCAGAACUUACUUGAUCCUCGUAUGAUCCACAUCUCAGCGAGAUUAAGACGGAGAAAAUUUAAUCCACAAGUUGGAAAUUUUCGCGAUGGAAACCCGGUCGCCAAGAUGGGCGCUAUUUUUACUGGCUGCGCUAUCUUCUAAACCCAUUCUAUUAACUGAGGCAAGUUUAGAAAAUGCGUACGGUCCGCCAAUUGACUUCCUGACCGGCCUUCAAUACACCGCUUACCAAAAAGGUCCCACGUGCUCCCCAACCUCUCCCAUUCUCUACCCUCAAACCACCUCCGACAUCCAAGCCAUCAUCUUAACCGCAGCCGCCCUUAACACCACGGUCAAAGCCUUCGGUCACCGCCACUCCGCGACCGACAUCAUCUGCACGGACGGGAUUCCCAUCGACAUGCGCGCUUUUCAAGAAUUCUCCUACGACGCGGCCACCCAAACGGUCACCGUCGGCGGGGGCAUGUAUCUAUACGACGCGACCCAAGCCAUGGCCCUCGAGGGGCGCGCAAUACGAACCAUGCCCGCCUGGGGUAACGUCACCAUCGCGGGCGCCAUGGGGACCGGCGCGCAUGGAUCUACCCUCCGCUACAAUGCCUCCAUAUCCGAUCAAGUCGUCGCCCUAACGAUCGUCGACGGUACCGGGACCGUCCGCCAGAUUACGUCCGAUUCCCCCGAUCUACCCGCUUUUCGUCUGCAUCUCGGUCUACUCGGGGUCAUUAUUAACGUCACCCUCUACACAGUUCCGUUAUACAAGGUCACCGCGGUCAAUACCGUGGUCAAUGAUGACAUCCUACUUAACGGACAACUCCUCGACAUGGUCCGCGCCGCCGACCAAACGACGGUCUAUUGGUACCCUUCCCUGGGGAAGCUGGUCAUCGGAAAUUGGACGAUUGUCGAUCCCGCCACGCCCGGAGAGGCGUGGACGAGUGAUCACGUUCCCCCAACGUCAGACACGCAUAAUUUAUACGCCGUACCCUCUUUAGAGAUCAUCCAAACGUUAAAUGACUCCUUAGGAUUGCAGGUCUUUCAGGUUUACACGUUGGCCUCGAUGUACACGGACGUUCCGGAUUUCGCUCCGAUUUACACGACGAAUGGGUUGACCGUGUCGAAUCCGGCGACGGGAUUUUAUGACGUAAUGUUUGCCCCGAUUUGUCAGGAGACGGGAUUUUGGGCGUGCCCCUGGUUCCACGCGCCGAAUCAGUAUUCCUUCACGGAUAACGAGAUUGAUAUCGAUGUCAGGAAUUUGACGGCUUUUGCGGCCGAUAUGAACCAGAUUUUGGCCACGAGGACGGCCGCGUUUCCGUUUGAUGGGGUGCUGCUUAGAUUUUCUAGGGCGAGUGAGACACUGAUGAGUACGUCGUUGGGGAGGGACACGUGCCACGUGGAGUUUUAUAUGAUGAGGAGAAGGGAUUCGUAUAAUGAUACGAGCACAGGGUUGGCUUCGUACCAGGCGAUUCUGCAAACUUUGGCCUACAAAUACCGAGGGGGAUCCCACUGGGGAAAAAGUGGUCCUUUUUAUCACUCCUCGGAAAUGUUGGACCUUAAGCUGAAUCCCGCCGCGAGAAGCAGUUUCAUCUCCGUCAUGGAAAAAUACGACCCUAACGGAAUAUUUCUGAACAAUUUCGGCCGCCGAUUGCUCGAAACAAGCUCGGACGCUGAUAUCGACCCCGCCACGACACACUGUGCCCUGCUGGAUAAUUGCGUCUGCGCUGAAGACAGCGACUGCGCUGCUGGAACACACUGCCAAAAGUUUAGUCCCCAAUUCAACUAUAACGUCUGCGUUAAUCCGAACGAACCAAAUAUCCCGAUCAAUUUGGGGAGCAUUACGGCCCUGGCGAAUUAUAACGGUGCCCUCAACCUGCAACAAAUCCUUUGCGCAAAUACCCUUUCAAUUGGACACUCGACUUUGAAUUCUGCCCUUAAAUGUCCCCCUCUCCUUGGCGGGCUUCUUCCAACAAUUGGAUAACUAAUUAUAAGAAUGAUGAAUGCAUACAACAAUAAAUACUUAUUUGUGACUUCAUUUAUUUAGUGGAUUGAAUCGUUACUUCAUACCUAUUCAAAAUAUGUCUUCAUUCAAAAUAUAUUCACGCGGUUUAAUAAUUGGAUAAAAUUA